AUGGUUAUUUUACCUAUAUUGGCUCAAGCUGCUUAUGUAUUUGAUGCAUUUUAUUACUUAACACAUCAUUCAGAUAAUAAUGGUUAUGAAGGCUUAUGUUCAACAAUUUUAAUUGUUUUUGCAUAUCUUCGUUAUUGUUCACCAAUUGAAAAUCGUAUAUCCCUUUUUAUAUAUUAUAUUUUAGUAUUUCUAUUAGGUGAAAUUGGUGGAAUUGUUUAUAUGAUAACAUCUAUUAUAAAAAAUGAUUUGUUUUCUACAAUAGAUUAUGCUUUAUGGAGUUUACUUGAAUUAAUAUUUACAAUAAUGUUAAUUUAUUGUCAAGUUAUAAAGAAAUAUAAAAUAAAUUUUAUUGUUGAAAAUAAACAUUUAUUUCAUUUUAUGUCUCGAUUAGAAAUUAUUUUAGCUAUAUUCUUACCAUUUUUUAUAAGUAAAAAAUUUCGAACAUUAACACAAAAUUCGAUUGCUUUUUAUUUAUUAUUUGAUUUUUUUUCUGAUUCAUAUGUACGUUUUCACAGUAUUUGGAUUAAAUCAGCAUUAUAUCUAUUUGUUACAACUGUUACAAUAACUGUUGCUACUGAAUGCGUUUAUUUUGCUGUACAAUUACAUAUUUAUGAACAAAUAUCAGCUAUUAGUGAAUUAGUUUCGGCUUGUUUAUGUAAUUUAUUAAUUAUUUUACAAUUUUUUCCAUAUCAUUUUACACCAAUUAAUAUGAUAAAAAUAUCACAAGAAUGUUUUGGAUAUCAACAACAUCUUAAUAUGUAUACGAAAAUUACAAAUGAAAAUCAAUAUACACCUCGAGAGAAAUCAAACAAAAUUGUUACAACUAUUGAUUCAUAUUGUUAA